AUGUCAACGAAUAAUAAUACUACAACUACUACAACUACAAGUACAACAACAACUACUGCUACUUCUACAACUUUAUCAGCAGUUAACAAUAUGACUGGUUUAAAUGGUAUAAUAAGAAGAGCAGAUAUAGAUACCAAUGAAAUCAACUAUGAAUAUGAAGAUGGUAUACCUCAUGAUGAAAGAUUUAGAGGUUUUGUAAAUCAAGGUAAGAGAGAGAAACAAAGAAAGAAAGAAAGAAACUAG